UGCAUACAUAGCCGUUGUAUGCAUAUGCGAUUGUAAAAAAGGGCUAUCAAAAAAAUGCUCUCAAAAGGCUUCUUGUCUGUUCUCGGGACUAAGAUUGAUCCUGAUGUGUGUUAUUUAAAAAAAAAGUUUUUUUUAGCGAAACUCCGGUAUAGACAAAAAAAGAUAUAAAGGGGACCCGAUUUCAUCUGUCGCCUUUCUUUUUUAUUAUUAUUAUUAUUAUUAUUAUUAAUUUUUUACAUUCACAUUCACAUACACAUACACACAUAUAAAAAUGAAAAACGGAAUUCGUAGUUUGUUUGGCUUAAACAAAAAGUCCAAAAAGAGCAGUAAUAACAUCGCAUUGGAUGAAGUCUACUCUCCCAGUUCUUCUGUUUCUUCAUUCUCAACAGAGUCGUCAAAUAACGAUUCUGCACCACCCACACCUACGCACGCAUCAAUCCAAGAAAACAGGGGUAUCUUCCGUACACUUGAGCCUGUUUGGUAUUUCCAAUCCAAUUUGCUACAACAACGUGGCGUUGGACAAGAUGCCAGUGAAUGGAUCCGAUUCGAUGAUCAUAGCCAAUAUACCCUUGAAAAUGCUUUGCAUUCUAAGCCUGAGUGUACUCUUCAACAAUCCUCUCUUGGUCCUUGUACUAUCUCUUUCACACCCAAGUCAAAUAGCUCCAAGUCCGUCAAGAAACAAAGACAAAGCAUGAUGGCUAUGCCCGGUAGUGGAAAAGAACAAUAUUCUUCUAUGCCCACACUUCAUACAGCUGGGAAUCUUGGCCGCUCAUUUGAAUUAAACAAGCACAUUCGUAGAACGAUUUCUCCUGCUUGGUGGUUUGAGCAAGAUUCCGCUGACGGCUCAAAGGGUAUGUGUAGAUUUGAUUAUAAAAACCAAGUGAGAUUGGAAGCCUUAUCUGAAGGACGUACUCGUUUGGUCUUGACUGAUGACGCAUUCAAUGUUCCUUUUACUGUCGUGCUGGAAGCCCCUCAACAACCCCAAUUGAAGGAGGAGGUUCGCGGUUUCUUAUAUCUGGAACCUGUCUCUUCAGCAUUCCAACUCGCUUAUAGUGCUGCACGUACAGAAGAUAAGUUUAAUGACUAUAUCAAUGCUCAGCAAGAAGAAAUUUAUUCAGCGGAAUACAAUGAACCUUGGGGCACAGGCCUUGCUCGUCGUUGCUCCGUUUAAUUUAAUGUAUCUGCACACUAUCCCACUACUCUCAUAAAUCUUCUUGGCAUAUAAUUUCAUAUCAUCCCAUUUUUUUCUCCUUAUAUUAUAUUAUCAACUUCACUUAUCCACUAGAAAAGUGCUGCACUUUCUAUUAUUGUAAAUAAAUUAUUAUUAAAAAUCUUCAAUCUAAAAAAAA